GGUAAACAGACCAGGAAGAAAAAUAACCCCAACAAUUUCUAGACUCGCCAUGUUGGAUUAGGGAAUGUCUACAGCUAAUGUGACCAUGGACAAGAGUUGGGCCCAAGAUGUGUUACGGUGUCAACUCUGUGAGACCCCAGUCCCCCCUUUGCAUUGUGACAUUUGUCACAUUUAUCUGUGUAAAGUCUGUGUGGGGGAACAUCUCUUAGAUCUAUCAAAAGAACAUAAGGUGGUGCCAUUGGAAAAGAGGGGAUCCGCUCCAAAAUGCUCAAAACAUUCUACAAAGCUAUGCGAACUACAUUGUGAAAAAUGUAACAUUCCAAUAUGUACACUCUGUGUUUCGACUGGUGAACAUUUAGGACACAAACAAGUUGAUUUUACUCUGAAAAGUCUAGAAACCAAGAAAAAAUUUUUAAAGGAAGAUUUAAAAGAACUAGAGAAAUUCAUUUAUCCAAAAUACACUGAAAUUGCAUCCAUCAUUCCAAUUCAGAAAGCUGACCUAAAUGAAAAUUCCAAGAAAUUGACAACAGCUAUUGACAAACAUGGGGAAGACUUACAUACAGAAAUUGACGCCAUUAUCCAUAAACUGAAAUCAGAUCUGAAUGAAAUGGACUCCAAACACAUGCAAGCCUUAACAAAGCAGGAACAAGAAAUCAAACGCACCACUUCUGAAAUCACAAAGAUCAUUGCUGAACUGAAAAAGAUACUGGACUCCAAUGAUGAGAGCCUUGUCUCUGCCUACAAAUCCAGAAAUGCCGAAUUUAGAAGAUUGCCUUCUAAAUUCACAGUGUCCUUACCAAGUUUUACCCCUCAAGAGAUCAAUAAAAAACAGCUUUAUCAACAGUUUGGUUCUCUGUCAGCGUCAUCUAUCAAAACAGAAGAACAUGGCUACACAAUGGAUUCUCCAGGUGCUGAGUCCUCUUCCCCGGACAGACCGCUCAUUGAUGUACCACGGAUCAUCACAGAUAUAAAGACCGAGUGUAAAGGAUUAUGCUGCGUGUCUUGUCUGAGUGAUGAAGAUAUAUGGACUUGUGGUACUGACAACAUCAUGAGACUUUACAACCUUCGAGGAGAACUAGUGAAGUCCAUUCAAACCAAGUCAGGGAACCGUCCACGGGACAUAGCAGUGACAAGGAGUGGGGAUCUAGUUUAUACGGAUGAAACAGAUAGAAGUGUGAAUAUUGUAAAGAAUACAGAGAUACAAACAGUGAUCAGACUUAAAAAAUGGAAACCUCUAUAUAUUUGUACCUCCUCCACUGGGGACCUACUGGUCAUCAUGAACAGUGGUGAACAAACAAAGGUUGUGCGUUACGCUGGCUCCACAGAAAAACAAAGUAUUCAGUAUAAUGACAAAGGACAACCAAUCUAUUCACGUGGUUGCUUGAAAUACAUUUGUGAGAACAGUAACCUAGAUAUCUGUGUUUCAGACGUUGGGGCCAGUGCAGUAGUGGCGGUCAAUCAGGCCGGGAAACUCCGGUUUACCUACACUGGUCCUCCCUCUACUAUCAAGGGACCAUUUAGUCCACUCGGCAUCACAACAGACAGCCAGGGUCGGAUCCUGACAGCAGACGGUGACAACGACCGUAUUCACAUUCUGGAUCAGGACGGACAGUUCCUCCGCUAUAUUGACAACUAUCGUUUACAGAGUCCAUGGGGUUUAUGUGUGGACACCAAAGACAACCUCAUUGUGACUGAAAACAGCACAGGUAGAUUAAAGAAAAUCCAAUAUUACAUGUAAAUGUACUGUGCAUAUACUUAAUAUAUAAACUUAAGAUAAUAAUAAUCCUGAUAUCAUUGCUUUUUAAAUGUAUGGACUGGUAUUAUAUAAAAACUAUGUGUACAUAAACUGUGUAGAUAUAUCAAAGAUUAUGGAUAUAUGUUUCGUGUAAACAAUUUUAGUCUGUUAUAUGUAAACAAAAUAUGUUUAUUUCAUGUGACAUGUUGACCAUGUUAAAAUGUUAUUUAUACUGUUCAAUGAUGUAUAUAAUGAACAGAUUG